AUGAGGCGGAUGAUAUUGCGCGUCGAGUUGACCAAGCAGCAUCGAGCGCCUCGUUCUCAAGUUCUGGGAAGGCGCAGCGCCAUAAGCGCGAGAUGGCCGGGGUCCUCCACUAUCGAUGCAACGACGCCUCACCCGCCGUCCGACUUUGAAGACACACCCACAAGUUCACAAGUACAUGGCACCCACGACACACCCAAGGAACAGAAGGAGAAGGAGAUGAAGAAGGAAGAGGACGAUGAGAAGAAGGAACGUGGAGGACAAUAG